AUGUCCACUUUCCAUGCACCGAUAAUACGUCCUACAAAUAGACAGCCGGUGCAUUCAGCUUCUUACACGAUACUCCCUGAACCUUUUCAAUCGGUGGUAGUGAUUAGCUCCACGCAGCACCAGCAAGCUCAGCAACGAGUUAUUCAAAUAGACCAAGAAGUUCGAAGUGCAGGAGUCAAAAUUUGCUUGAUUGAGGAUGGUCUAUCAGAAGAAGAAAAACAACGUUAUCCCACAAUAAUGGGCGAGUUGACACCAUACUAUGCGAAAAUAAAUCGACUUGUACCCUUUUACUAUUUGAUCUCAAAAAAUAGCGAUAAAGCCGCGCGUGACAUGUUGACGAUGAAAUAUAUUAUCCAACAACAAUACAUAGCACUGCCUGAAGAGAAAUACAUCAUAACCUUAGAUGCGCUUCAAGAACAUAAAGAUCUCCUGGUAGAUGGUAAUCCUUUCACAUCAGCACCAUCUUCAAAUCAUCUCGAUACACGAUUACAUAAACCUUCAACACCGCCAUUACCUCAAUUAUCCGCUGGUGUAUCAACACUGGCUAAAUUUCUCUCGCUAGUGGAGAAUUAUGAUCCUCUAGACGAUACAUCAAAUCGAGCGGGGGAUUUACUUAUUACAAGACGAAGGGAAGACUCUGUUACUAAUCAUGUAAAUAUUCAUCAUGGUGGAAAUAUAUUAACUCGUCUGGAAUCAAUUACAUCAUCGUCGACUAACAACUCUACUGAGAUCUCGAGGCUUAGACCUGACUUAUUGAUUGCACCCUACCACCACCAUUCUGAAACUACGAGAACGCAUGGAGAUCCUGGAAGGCGAUAA